AAAGGGCACGUGCGCAGGGAGUGAGCCGCGUGCUGCCUCAGAAAAAAGUUGAAAGUGCAGUGGCAGGAAAGGGAAGUCACACCGACCCUCGGGGUGGCAUGCGGUGCCGUUAGGAGGGCGCUACCGUUGUAGAGUGACGGCAACAAGAUCCCAGGCUUCUGGGAGGUAGAAGAGGCACGAGGGUGGAUCUUUCUAGAAAGAUCCUGAACUGUCCGGGGCCUCUCUUCACCCUCAGAACUUCAAAAAGCCCUCUCUCUUCUUCGCCCCCAACCAAGGAGAUGACUGGUCUUACUUUUUUGAAAAGAUGGGGACCAAAAGAAGACACGUCUGGGAAGAGUGAUGUUCUCUCAUCUCCCAUUACGGCCCUGGGGUUUGCACCCCUGGCUUUGUGUGGUGCUAGCAGUGCCUGCUGCUCACCCGUUUCCUCCAGCUUCUGUCAGGUUCAGCCCAGAGUUGCCCAUUUUUACUUCCCUACCCAAUACCUCGGCUCCUGCCUCACUCCCCUCCUCAGUCCCCUGCCCAGGCUGUUAGAGUCCUGUCCGAACUCCCCAACAGUUCUUGAACAUGCUCCUCUCUCUGUUCAGAUUUGCCAUCCUUUUCCUUUGCUCUCACCUAGCUGUGAGAUUCUGAAGCACAACGCAUUGCUCAGUGUCUUGAAGCAGUGUGAGGAUGUGGACCUCUGCUUCCUACAGAAACCAGUGGAAUCCUAUCUCUUUAAUGGUACAAAGAAAGGAACGUUGUUUCUCACUUCAUACCGGGUGGUCUUCGUGACGUCACACUUAGUCAAUGACCCCAUGCUUUCCUUUAUGAUGCCGUUUGGCCUGAUGGGUGACUGCACCAUUGAACAACCAAUUUUUGCCCCCAACUACAUUAAAGGAACCAUUCAGGCAGCUCCGGGUGGUGGCUGGGAAGGACAAGCUGUUUUUAAGUUAUCCUUCAGGAAAGGAGGCGCCAUCGAAUUUGCCCAACUCAUGGUAAAAGCUGCCUCUGCUGCUGCCAGAGGAAUUCCACUUGGAAGUGUAAAUUACUGGUUCGACACUUCAGGACUGUACAUAAUUACUGUCCCAGGGGCUGCAGUGUGCUCCCCACAGACAUCUUGUCCAGCAUAUCCAAUUGUGAUCUAUGGACCCCCACCACCAGGAUAUGGAGUCCAACCAGGGGAAUAUGGAACUCCACCAGAACGAUAUGGAGCCCAAUCAGGGGGAUAUGGAGCCCCUCCUGGGGGAUAUGGAGCCCCACCUGGGGGAUAUGGAGCCCCUCCUGGGGGAUAUGGAGCCCCACCUGGGGGAUAUGGAGCCCCUCCUGGGGGAUAUGGAGCCCCACCUGGGGGAUAUGGAGCCCCUCCUGGGGGAUAUGGAGCCCCACCUGGGGGAUAUGGAGCCCCUCCUGGGGGAUAUGGAGCCCCACCUGGGGGAUAUGGAGCCCCACCUGGGGGAUAUGGAGCCCCUCCUGGGGGAUAUGGAGCCCCACCUGCAGGAUAUGGAGCCCCACCAGUUGGAAAUGAAGCCCUACCACCAGCAUAUGAAGCUCCAUCUGCUGGAAAUACAGCUGCCUCUCACAGAUCUGUGGCAGCUCAGCAGGAGACUUCUCUUCCCUAAUCUUCUCAGGUCCAUUUACCACCUUCUCAGAGUUAAACCUUGAAGACUCACUAAGCAAAGGGCACCCUAAAACUGAAGUCACAGUAAGAAGGAAGACUCAGAUUUUGAAGAAAGCUGUUCCCUCUCUGGCCGACUGAGCUAAACAGUCCUGAAGGUGCCCAGUGGUAGGAGGUGUUCGUGUGCAUGCACACGAUCUUCUCCACACACCUGUGAGGUCCUGAAAAAGCAAAGACAGAGAACUUAUUGAGAGCUGUGAAAAAUACAGAGCAAGUGCCUCAAAACAUAGAUGAAGGUGAGAAGAAGACUCCUGUUCUCAAGGAAGGAAGAUGCUUGAAAACAGAUUACAAGCCAACUAGAAUGAGAGAGAUAUGAACCGGCACAUAAAACAGCUUGGGGAUGGAGACUGACUCUCUUUAGAGAGUCAGUUUUCUAAACAGGCCUUCUUCCUGCCUCAGACCUGAGCAGAAAAGAGAAGUCGCUGGAACCAAAGAGGCUAGGGUCACCCUGCUUAGACAACCUCGAUUAAAGCCUGCUUGCUGUUGCAUACCUUG